AGCCUGUAUAAAUAAAGGUUGAAUGAAUGAAAAAAAUGAACAAAAAAAAAAAAAAAGGUGAGGCGUCGUGAUGACGUCAUCACGCAGCGGCGUCGCGUGGUUACGUGAUGACGUACAGGAAGAGUUACAAAAAUUAAAAGAACGUUUGAACGACGACAGGUUCUGUCGUGGGAUUUUCUUUUCGCUGCUUUUAUUGCAGAAAUAUUCAGCGCCUGUCAAGGAACAUUUUCAACCGGGAUAGAAAACUUUUGUACAAAUAAACAGGCCCGUCCCCAUGUCUCUCAACAAGUCCAUGCAUCCUCGGAACCGGUACAAGGACAAACCUCCGGACUUCGCCUACCUGGCCUCCAAAUAUCCAGACUUCCAGCAUCACGUGCACACCAGCCUCCAUGGACGAUCCGUCGUGAACUUUAAAGAGCCGGAGGCGGUGCGAGCGCUGACCUGCACCCUGCUGAAGGAGGACUUUGGUUUGACCAUCGAGAUCCCUCUGGAGCGCCUCAUCCCCACCGUCCCCCUGCGCCUCAACUACAUCCACUGGGUGGAGGACCUCAUCGAUGGCCAGAAGCAGCCACGCAGGGGCAUCGACAUCGGCACCGGUGCGUCUUGUAUCUAUCCUUUACUGGGAGCCACGAUGAACGGCUGGUACUUCCUCGCCACAGAGGUCGAUGACAUCUGCUUCGACUAUGCAAAGAAGAACGUGGAGCAGAACAACAUGUCUGACCUGAUUAAAGUGGUCAAGGUCCCACAGAAGACGUUGCUGAUGGACGCUUUGAAAGAAGAGACAGAAAUAGUUUACGACUUCUGCAUGUGCAACCCGCCUUUUUUUGCAAACCAGCUUGAAGCGAAGGGGGUGAACUCCAGGAACUCCCGGCGAGCUCCUCCCAGCUCGGUGAACACAGGAGGGGUGACUGAGAUCAUGGCAGAGGGAGGUGAGCUGGAGUUCGUCAAGAGGAUCAUCCAUGACAGCCUGCAGCUCAAGAAACGGCUCCGGUGGUACAGUUGCAUGUUGGGCAAGAAAUGUAGCCUGACACCUUUGAAAGAGGAGCUGAGGAAGCAAAGGGUGCCUAAAGUGACCCACACUGAGUUCUGCCAGGGACGGACCAUGAGGUGGGCGCUGGCCUGGAGUUUCUAUGAAGACGCCGUUGUUCCUUCUCCUCCCAGUAAGAAGCGUAAACUGGAGAAGGCUCAGAAACCUCUGUCCUUCACGCUGCCAGAGGCUGGACUGAAGGAGCUGCAGGCCAAGGCCUCCGCUGCCGGCUGCGCAGACGACUGCAGCUCUGUGGACAGCGUCACCGCCCUGCUGGAGAAAACACUCACAGAGCUGAGGGUGCUGCACAAGCGUGUCCCCUGCAGGACACGGGAGCAGAGUCUCUUUCUGACCGCUGUGGAAAACACGUGGAUCCACGGACGACAGAAGAGGCGUGAGCAGAACCGUCAGCUGCGAGAGCUUCCCAGAGCGCCUCACUGUGCCGGAACCAGUUCUCAAACCAGCGUGGCCACGGCUGCUCCAGGAACUCCCGUUUCCUCCCAGAACCAGCCGGACCCCGCAGCAAACGAUAACAUCAGGACAACUCUGUCCUCAACUGAGACAAGGAAGGACGAAACAAGAAGCCCAGCUGGAGAACUAAAAGAGGUGUUAGAAACUGCAGCAGGUGAGAUUGUGGGCAUGGACGCCUCAACCAGCGCAGAAACUGGACAGGAACCAGACCUGAAGGACUCUCCCGCUGCUGCAGGUGAUGCACACCCCGUACAGUCCCAGAUCCACAGUGUUGAACACUUCCUGUUCAAGUGUGUGCUGAAUGUGAUUCCAGAGGAGAGAGACGUGGUCGUUGAGUUGCACUGGGUUGAAGGUCAGAACAAAGACCUGAUGAACCAGCUGCGCACUUACCUGAGGAACACACUGUGGAAAUCUGUAGCCUAGGUUCAAUUUUCAGAAACAGGAGACCUGAUUUUUGUAUAGAAAUACUCAUUUUUAGCUGAGGUUUUCCUUUUUAAAAGUUUCUACACAUAUACCAGUACUUGUUUUAUUUUGUUAGUUUCAAUUUAAAGAUUUUAC